AUAUAUAUCUAUCUAUAUAUCUAUCUAUCUAUUGGUAAAUUUGUCUGUCUGCCUCCCACCAGCAGGGGUCACGGUUGUAUCUAAACACCCGUGUGUGGAUUUAAACUUCCGCCGGAAGUCUGCUCGUCCUCUUCUACCAGGCCGAUCCAACAUGGGACGAGUCAGGACCAAGACGGUGAAGAAGGCCGCCAGGGUCAUCAUCGAGAAAUACUACACCCGGCUGGGUAACGACUUCCACACCAACAAGAGGGUGUGCGAGGAGAUCGCCAUCAUCCCCAGCAAGAAGCUCCGCAACAAGAUCGCUGGGUAUGUGACACAUCUGAUGAAGAGGAUCCAGAGAGGUCCAGUCAGAGGAAUCUCCAUCAAGCUGCAGGAGGAGGAGCGAGAGAGGAGGGACAACUACGUGCCAGAGGUGUCUGCUCUGGACCAAGAGCUCAUUGAAGUUGAUCCCGACACCAAGGAGAUGCUGAAGCUGCUGGACUUCGGCGGUCUGUCCAACCUGCAGGUCACCCAGCCGACCGUGGGCAUGAACUUCAAGCAGCCUCGAGGAGUCUAGACGUCUGUAAAGUAUCUUCUAAUAAAACCUUCUGGGACAAAA